AUGGAGGAUCCAACCGUUGCCCAGCUCAAGGUCGAGCUCACGGCCACCGAAAACAGACGCGCGGUGCUGAAGCAGGAAUUCUUCAAGGUCCACGACAAGCUGAGAGAGAAAAAGGCCGAGCUCGAUCGCCUCAAGUGCAUCCACGACCCGAGCCCGACCUCGAACAAGUACCUCGAGAGCCUAGAGGUCGAGGGCGCGAUUGCUGAGCUCAUGCAGAAAUCGGACGUCAUCAAUGAGGGGCUGCAGGAGAUGGAGAAUAGCAUUAUGCUAUUGAGGUAUCGCAUAGAUACAAAGAAGUAG